AUGAAUUGGACUCAUCAUCGUCCGUUGCGAAAUCAAUUAAUUUAUGGUCGGGGUAUGAAUAAAAUGUCAAUGAAUCGUCCAUUAACAUUUCGAGAACAUUUCCAUGUUCCAAAACAAAUAUCUGAUAAACAACCUAUCGAUGCAGUACGUCUUCAAUUGGCUGAUGAUGAUUAUACUAAUAAUCGUUCUCAUCAUCCAUGUCCAGUUCAUCGUCGAGAAGAUUAUAAUUCUCAUCGAAAUCAUCCAUAUAUAAGAACAUUUUCUGAUCAUAAUUCAUCUUUACGACGAACGCAUUCAUCUAUUCAUUCGAUUUCAACAAUUGAAACUGAUUUUGUUCAUCAACGAGUAUCAACAAUUCAUACAUAUCCAUCAUCACCUUCGAUUGUAGAACGUCAACAAAUUAUUGAUCAAGAUAAUUCGAAUGAACCAAUUUUAAUUGAAAAUAUUCAAAUAAAUAAUAAUGAAAAUGAUGUGAAUCAGCCUACAAAUGUUCAUAUUGUUGAAGAACAACAACAAAACUCGAAUCAAUCUAAUCAAUGUCGUACAUGUCUAAUGCUUAUUGAAAUUGUUGAUCAACAAACUCAACAAAUUCGACAAUAUACAGAACAAAUAUCUCAACAAGCUGAUUUACUUGCUAAAUUAGCUCGACGUUUUGCAGGUAUUGAAGAAGGAAUCGAUGAUCAAAAUUCAGAUAAUACAACAGAACAACAAACAAUUAAUCAACAAAUAACAAAUUGA